GGAGGAAACCGAACGCAAUCUACGGAAAAUCGUCGACCGGGUUGUCCGCAUUAUCCAACCGGCCGGGAUCAGUGUCAAACACUGCACAAUGGUUAUUGGGACCAGAUUCCGUGCUUGCUGGACCAAACCCGGCUACCUCACGAACAGGUAACCGUCAACAUCAGCGAUUAUCGCGUGGCUGCUGCUGCCAUAACCGAUAUGCGCGUACGCGGCGCUCCGGCCAUCGGUGUUACCGCCGCGUAUGCGAUGGUACUGGCGGCGGCAGAAUUGCAGUCGCGAGAACGCGAUCACUACAUUGGUUCGUUACGUCAGGCAGGGUCACAAAUUGCUGCCGCGCGGCCAACGGCCGUCAAUCUGGGCUGGGCGGUACGACGCAUGUUGCGCGUUGCUGAAGCCGAACCCGAUCCGGGCAGCAUUCUGCCUAAACUGGAAGCGGAGGCGCGGCGAAUCCAGGCCGAAGAUGAAGAAAUCAAUCGGCGUAUCGGAGAACAUGGCCGCGUGCUGAUGCCGCAGGAUGGCGAGGGCGUGUUGACGCACUGCAAUACCGGAGCGCUGGCGACCUCGGCUUUUGGCACUGCUUUGGGAGUGAUUCGAGCCGGAUGGGAAAAGGGCGGCAGAUUUCGAGUUUACAACACCGAGACGCGACCCUGGUUGCAGGGAGCGCGUCUCACAUCAUGGGAGUUUCAGCAGUUGGGUAUACCAGCGACGCUCAUCGCUGAUUCCGCUGCCGGGAUGAUGAUGUUGAACGGUGACAUAUCGUGCGUAAUAACCGGCGCGGACCGGAUCGCCGCCAACGGCGACACCGCAAAUAAAAUCGGCACCUAUGCCCUGUCGGUUUUGGCUCAUGAAAACGGCAUCCCGUUUUAUAUUGCAGCGCCCACCAGUACCGUAGAUUUGUCGGUUACAGACGGUUCCGGCAUCAAGAUAGAAGAGCGACCGCAGCACGAGGUUACCGCCUACGGCGGGAUGCCUGUAGCGCCAUCAGGGACCGUUGCUUAUAACCCGGCGUUUGAUGUAACACCCAAUCGAUACAUUACCGCGAUAGUCACGGAAGCAGCGGUUUGCCGCCCACCUUUUGACGAUUCUCUUCGUCGCGCCGUGGACGCGGCAUAG